AUGGCCAACGCCCAGUGUACCCCGGGACAGCAGCUCCUGGUUAACCCCUCGUUUGAGAGCGGUAAUACUGGUUGGGUUUUCGUGGCAGAUUCGGGCUCCAUCAUUGCCGACAGCUCUGCUCCUGACGGGGGAUCAAUUCUCCGGUCCCAAUUAACGACGCUUGGUGCUUUGGCAUCUAUUCAGCAGCCCAUUCUUCCUGACACCUCGUCCACCUAUACAUUGUCCCUCAGUUGGCGCCUUUCACCACUUCUGGGCCCGCCCACCGGCCCGAUCACCUGCCAGAUGUCGAUUUACAAUACCGUUCCAGGCCCCCUAACUACUAUCGCCGAGGGGACAUUAACCAUUGAUCCUACUAGUCCCACAACCCCUUGGACUGUAUUGUCGGCUAACUGGCAGCCACCAACCCCGGCCUUGUCUAUCGUUGUAUCCUGGACCUGCGCGACCCCUCUGGGUGGAGUCUAUGUUGAUCUUGACAAUGUCCAAAUGACUUGUCUUGCAGCUGCUACAACCACUACUACGUCCACCACAGAUACUGCUACGACGACCACGGAUACUGCUACAUCCACCACGGACACUGCUACCACCACCACGGACACUGCUACCACCACCACGGAUACUGCUACGACCACUACGGAUACUGCUACCACCACCACGGACACUGCUUCCACCACCACGGACACUGCUACCACCACCACGGAUACUGCUACCACCACCACGGAUACGGCUUCAUCCACCACGGACACUGCUAAUCCAACUGGCACCGACACUACUACAGCCACCGGCACUGAUACUGCUAAUCCCACUGGCACCGACACUACUACAGCCACCGGCACUGAUACUGCUAAUCCCACUGGCACCGACACUACUACAGCCACCGGCACUGAUACUGCUAAUCCCACUGGCACCGACACUACUACAGCCACCGGCACUGAUACUGCUAAUCCCACUGGCACCGACACUACUACAGCCACCGGCACUGAUACUGCUAAUCCAACUGGCACCGACACCGCUAAUCCCACCGGCACUGGUACUACUAAUCCCACUGGCACCGAUACCGCCAACCCAAGUGCCACAAAUACAACCAUGCCUACAGGUACUGCAACCAAUACCGCCACAACUACUGGUACUGGUACCGAUACAACUCUGCCCACCGGUUCGCAACCCCCGUACACUAAUACCACAAUGCCUACGGGUACUGCAAGUCCUUGUCCUACUUGUACAGGAACAGGCGGUCCUGGAGCUCCUACAACUGUUACCGUUUGCCCGACCUGUACUGGCCCCGAGCACAGCGGCACUGCAGCUCCUACAACUGUUACUGUUUGCCCCACUUGCACUGGCCCCGAGCACAGCGGCACUGCAGCUCCUACAACUGUUACUGUUUGCCCCACUUGCACUGGCCCCGAGCACAGCGGCACUGCAGCUCCUACAACUGUUACUGUUUGCCCUACUUGCACUGGUCCCGAGUACAGCACCACUGCACUUCCUACUACCCAUUGCCCCACUUGCAGUACCACGACGAAAUCUAUCACGACUACACUCUAUUCGACGACAAGCUAUACCGUCAUUGUGUGCCCUUCGUCUGUUCGCCAAUGCCCUAGCACUGAUCGUACAACAACCAUCGUUUCGGAAACCAUUCCUGUCUUGACCACUACUUUCUGCGUAACUGAAGUAGUGCCAACACCUGCUCCCACAUCAUCCCCCGGUGUGCCGGGCCAGCCCGGCACUCCAGGUCAACCAGGCACUCCAGGUCAACCAGGCACUCCAGGUCAGCCAGGCACUCCAGGUCAGCCAGGCACUCCGGGUCAACCCGGCACCCCAGGUCAACCGGGCACUCCAGGCACUCCAGGCCAACCAGGCGUCCCACCUGAACCUACUGGACCCCCAUCAGAGCCUACAGGCGCUACGCCGAACCCCACUGUUCCACCAGUGUUCGAAGGCAAAGCUGCCCGUUCUGCUUGGACAGCUACCUGCGCCUUAGCUUCUGCUAUAAUGGCUGCAGCGUUAUUGCUCUGA